AUGCAGGUGCUGUUUGCGUGCGUCUUGUUUGCGCUGUUGACGCUGCACAUGUGCGCAACGGCCGAAGCUGAAGCUUGUCCAGAGUCGUGCGAUUGCGAGCCCGGGAACCACCAAAUCUACUGUGGCGGGAUUGAUCUCAUUCCCAAAUUCCCAGCAAGUACGGAGAAUCUAUAUCUUGGGGAGACACAUCUUCCGUCAGUGCCGACAGAUGUCUUCUCACACAUGGUCAACAUUUCCUGGAUAUAUAUCUCGGUGGACACUGCUCUGGAGAGGUUGGAAAUGCACUCUUUCUCUGGGCUGAGGAAAAUCACCCACAUAGAGCUGAGAAACUUAAAGAGUCUGACCUACAUCGACCCAGAAGCCUUCUACGAUCUGCCAAGCCUCAAAUACCUGGGCCUUUACAACACGGGACUCACGUUCUUCCCACAUCUGAGCAACAUCAACUCGUUUGACCCAAGCUUCAUUUUGGAGAUUGUGGAUCACCCGUACAUCACCGUGAUCCCAGCCAACGCAUUCCAGGGCAUCACGUCUGAACUGCUGACAGUGGCGUUGUUUGGAAAUGGCUUCAGAGAGAUUCAGCAUCACGCCUUCAAUGGAACCAGGCUUGAACAAGUUGACCUUCACAGGAAUAAGUACCUGACCAGGAUCGAUGAAAAGGCGUUUGGAGGCACCAUCAGUGGCCCCAUGCUUCUAGAUGUGUCUGAAACAGCCAUCAGCUCUCUGCCCGCUCUGGGGAUGGGCAGUGUGCGUGAGCUCAAAGCACGAGACGCCUGGGCCCUGAAGAAACUGCCCCCCAUUAAAACUUUUUUAAACCUGCGCAGCGCCAACCUCACCUACCCCAGCCACUGCUGCGGCUUCAAGAACCUCAAGAAGAAAAGAGGCUAUCUGGAGCACGUUAUUUGCAACUUGACCGCUUACUACGACCAGCACCAUAAGCGCUCGGUGGGGAUGUCCUCCCUCCAGGACGAUUUCAUGUCCGAGCCUGUCCCGGACCAAGAGACAAACGAAGACCUACUGAAGGACCAGGACUUAAGGAGGACGUACUUCCACAACAGCCUACAUUACCCCGCCUAUUUCGGGGGCCAAUCCGACGACGAUGUGGGCUUUGGGGAGAACUUUAAAAACCCCCAAGAGGACAAUACCCAGUUCUUUGAUAGUCGGUAUGAUUACAUUAUUUGUGACGAUCAGGCGGAGGUAGCUUGCGCGCCAGUCCCCGAUGAAUUCAACCCUUGCGAAGACAUCAUGGGGUUUAGCUUCCUUCGCGUGACAGUGUGGUUCGUUAGCUUGCUAGCCGUUCUCGGCAACGUCGUAGUUCUCAUUGUGUUGCUAACUAGCCACUACAAGCUGUCCGUCUCCCGCUUUUUAAUGUGCCAUUUAGCCUUUGCUGAUCUUUGUAUGGGAAUAUACCUACUUCUUAUUGCCUCUGUAGACCUGCAUACGAGAUCAGAGUAUUUCAAUCACGCUAUAGACUGGCAGACAGGUCCUGGGUGCGGACUAGCUGGAUUUUUUACAGUUUUUGCCAGCGAGCUUUCGGUAUACACGCUCACGGUGAUUACACUCGAACGCUGGUACGCCAUCACCUUUGCUAUGCGGUUGGAUAGAAAGCUACGGCUCCAUCACGCAGCGGUCGUCAUGGUAGCCGGGUGGAUUUUUUGCCUUGUAUUAGCAAUACUUCCGCUAGUUGGCGUUAGCAGCUAUCAAAUGGUUAGUAUAUGCCUUCCGAUGGAUACGAAAUCAACAGCAGCGCAAGUUUAUAUUCUUUUGGUGCUACUUUUUAAUAUUGUAGCAUUUUUCGUAAUAUGUGCUUGCUAUUUUAGAAUAUACUGCGCAGUACACAACCCGCACUACCACUCUGGGUCAAAAGAUACCAAUAUCGCUAAGCGUAUGGCUGUGCUAAUCUUUACAGAUUUCCUAUGCAUGGCGCCGAUUUCGUUCUACGCUAUGUCCGCAGUUAUGGACCGCCCCCUUAUCACAGUGUCCAAUUCAAAAAUCCUAUUGGUUCUAUUUUACCCACUUAACUCUUGCGCCAAUCCAUUUCUGUACGCCAUCUUCACCAAAGCGUUCAGAGGAGAUGUUUUUAUUCUCCUCAGUAAAGUUGGGUUAUGCCAGCAGAGGGCGCAGUUGUUCAGGGGGCAAACCGUUUCGUCAAAAGGAAGCAGCGGGACAUCACAAAUCCGUAGAGACAAAGGAAAGGGAAUAAAGAAUAAAUUAAAGCCGCUUGCGGCGAUGAUGGCCCUCGCCCCGAUGCGCACGCCCCCCCAUGCGACCUCCGAGGACUCGCAACCGCUUCAGCACAACAUCCUCUCUUCCCAACAGCCGCACAGACCGACAGCUCGUCCACCAGAAAAAUUACAUAGUGUACCUUUAAAAUUGGAUAAUGAGAAUGAUUCUAGAGAGAAACUAUAG